AUGCCUUCACGCAAGCCCAGCAAGUAUGGAAACAAGUUCCGUUCAAGUGCUGCGUCCUCCAAACCCCGUCGCGCGAAAACCGUCGAAUUCAACUCAUUACGCUCGACCGAAGCCACAUCCCAAGAUGAGAAAUUCGAGGCCAUUAGGUUGGCUAACAGCAUCGACGAAACGCUCGGUUUUCCCCGAUUCGAGUCUGGCGAGGCAAGGGCCGGAUGGUUGGUCAAUAUGCACAGCACGACGAUACAGGACGCAAAUGUGCCUGGCGGCCGUGCUGGUGUCGAUUAUUACUUCCUGCAGGACGACGGUACGAGUUUCAAAGCGACUGUGGAACACGAUCCAUAUUUCUUGAUUGCGGUCAAGAAAGGCUAUGAGACAGAGGUUGAGGAAUGGUGUCGACGGGCUUUUGAAGAUAUGAUCAAGAAGUUUGCGCGACUCGAGAAGGAGGAUCUCAACCUACCCAACCAUCUGCUUGGCUACCGCAAGACAUACAUCAAACUCAGUUUCGCCAAUGUGAGCAAUUUAUUAGAGGUUAGGCGGACCAUCCUACCUUUGGCGGAAAAGAAUAAGAAGAACGAGAGUGCGAUGGAUGCCUAUGUUGAGAUGACCAGUGCGACUGCUGGUAUCGAUCUUUUUGACGAUGAGAUUAUUAAUGAGCAACGACCUAAUGGCAACAUACAAGCGAGUGAUUUUAUUGUGGAUAUUCGAGAAUACGACGUGCCGUACCAUGUCCGAGUAUGCAUUGACAAAGAUAUCCGAAUCGGAAAAUGGUACAGCGUGAAGGCAGAUCAUGGUGUGGUAUCCCUGACCUGCUUAGAGGACAGGCUUCAGCGUGCCGAUCCCGUCGUUCUCGCCUUUGAUAUCGAGACCACGAAGCUACCUUUGAAGUUCCCAGAUGCUGCAUUUGAUCAAGUUAUGAUGAUUUCAUAUAUGAUUGACGGGCAGGGUUUCCUGAUCACCAACAGAGAGAUCGUUUCGGAGGACAUCAACGACUUUGAAUAUACCCCCAAACCUGAGUACAACGGUCCCUUCAUCAUUUUCAACGAAGCCAACGAACGAGCUGUUCUUGAACGGUUCUUUGAGCAUGUGAAGAUCGCCAAGCCGACUGUCAUUGCAACAUACAACGGUGACUUCUUCGAUUGGCCUUUCGUGGAGACAAGAGCCAGCGUCAACGGCCUUGAUAUGUACAUGGAAAUUGGCUUCCGCAAAAACAGCGAAGACAUUUACAUAGCCGACAACUGUGUGCACAUGGAUUGUUUCGCCUGGGUCAAUCGUGAUAGUUACCUUCCCCAAGGAAGUCGUGGUUUGAAGGCUGUGACUGUCGCAAAGCUGGGUUAUGACCCUGACGAACUUGACCCCGAGCUUAUGACGCCGUAUGCCAGUGAGCGGCCGCAGACUUUGGCCGAAUACUCAGUUUCCGAUGCUGUCGCCACCUAUUAUCUGUACAUGAAAUAUGUCCACCCUUUCAUUUUCUCGCUAUGCACGAUUAUUCCCCUCAACGCAGACGAAACCUUGCGCAAGGGAACCGGAACACUGUGCGAGAUGCUUCUCAUGGUUCAAGCUUACCAACACGAGAUCGUGUUGCCCAACAAGCACAAGGACCCCGCUGAGGCUUUCUACGAAGGUCACCUUCUCGAGUCGGAAACAUACGUUGGUGGUCACGUCGAGAGUAUCGAAGCUGGUGUUUUCCGCAGUGAUAUUCCCACGCACUUUUCCGUUGACCCCACCGCAAUUGAUGAGCUUCUCCACGACCUUGAUCAUGCUCUCAAGUUCAGCAUCGAGGUCGAGGAGAAGAAAUCAAUGGAUGACAUCGCGAACUACGACGAAGUCCGAGCCCAGAUCGCGGAGCGUCUACUUGAUCUCAAGAACAACCCAAAACGACACGAAGUCCCCUUCAUUUACCAUUUGGAUGUUGCCUCCAUGUAUCCCAAUAUCAUGAUCACGAACCGAUUGCAACCAGAUUCAUUGAUCGACGAGUCUAAUUGUGCCGCAUGCGAUUUCAAUCGGCCUGGAAAGACUUGUGAUAGGCGUAUGCCAUGGGCAUGGCGAGGCGAAUUCCUUCCUGCCAAGCGUGAUGAGUAUAACAUGAUUCGACGUGCCACUGCGAACGAAAAAUUCCCAGGACGCUACAACAAUUCUCCAAUGAGGUCAUUUGGUGAAUUGAGCAUCGAAGAGCAAGCCGGCGUGGUCAAGAAACGACUGCAAGACUACAGCAAAAAGAUUUACCACAAGAUCCAUGACAGCAAGACGAUGGAACGCGAGGCUAUCAUUUGCCAGAGAGAGAACCCAUUCUACGUCGAUACUGUCCGAGACUUCCGUGAUCGUCGCUACGACUUUAAGGGAAAGCAGAAAGUCUGGAAGAACAAGACUGAUAGCUUGCAGUCGGCCGGUGCUUCUGCGGCCGAAAUCGAGGAAGCGAAGAAGAUGAUUGUACUGUACGAUUCUCUGCAACUCGCUCACAAGGUCAUUCUCAACAGUUUCUACGGAUAUGUGAUGCGAAAGGGCUCUCGUUGGUACUCCAUGGAAAUGGCCGGUGUAACGUGUCUUACAGGUGCCCACAUUAUUCAGAUGGCGAGAGAGCUGGUGGAACGCAUAGGCCGUCCAUUGGAGUUGGAUACGGACGGUAUCUGGUGUAUGCUUCCCGGAGGCUUCCCUGAUGAAUUCAAGUUUACUCUGAAGAACGGGAAGAAAUUGGGCAUCUCGUACCCUUGUGUUAUGCUUAACCACCUGGUUCAUGCCAGGUAUACCAACCACCAGUACCAGGCACUGGUGGAUCCAAAGACCUUCAAGUACGAAACCCACAGCGAAAACUCGAUCUUCUUCGAGGUGGAUGGACCCUACCGGGCAAUGAUCUUGCCAACUUCAAAGGAGGAAGACAAGAACUUGAAAAAGCGUUAUGCAGUCUUCAAUCACGAUGGUUCACUGGCUGAACUCAAGGGAUUCGAAGUCAAGCGAAGAGGAGAGCUGAAGUUGAUCAAAAUCUUCCAGACGCAAAUCUUCAAGUUCUUCCUGGAAGGUUCCAAUCUCGCGGAGACUUAUGCUGCUGUAGCUCGAGUCGCAGACAGAUGGUUGGAUGUUUUGUAUGAGAAAGGUUCUACGUUGGCCGACGAAGAGCUUAUUGAUCUCAUUUCGGAAAACCGAAGCAUGUCCAAGACUCUGGAAGAGUACGGCAAACAAAAAUCCACCUCUAUCACAACCGCCCGACGUCUUGCAGAAUUCUUGGGCGAGCAGAUGGUCAAGGACAAAGGUCUCAACUGCAAGUACAUUAUCUCAUCGCGACCUCGCAACACCCCUGUCACCGAGCGAGCCGUUCCUGUGGCCAUUUUCUCUGCUGAGCCGACGAUCAAACGCUACUUCUUGCGCAAAUGGCUGAAGGAAGAUCCCGGCGAUAUGGAUCCUCGAACUGUCAUCGAUUGGGACUACUACCUGGAGCGUUUGGGCUCUGUCAUCCAGAAACUGAUCACUAUUCCGGCUGCGCUCCAAAAGCUCCGAAAUCCAGUGCCCCGUGUUGCUCACCCUGACUGGUUGCAGCGUCGAAUCAAUGCCAAGGAUGACAAGUUCAAGCAAAAGAAGAUGACUGAUCUUUUCACGAAGUCCGAAAAGACGCCGCUUUCCUCCGUCAAUGCCAACAUCCUGGAUCACCGUGUUCAGCAUCCUGGUGACAUGGAUGAAGCUAUUGCAGGCUCGACUCAAUUGGUCAAAUCCCCAGAAAACAAGAUUUCUCAAAAGAGAAAGCAUCCAGAGAAUGUCUCAAAGACGGCUCUCGACCCCUUCGCUAGCUUGCCAGCAGUUAUGCCAUCCAUGUCAGAGAACUACGAAGGAUUCCUCAAGUACCAGAAGCAAAAGUGGAAGAUUCAGAAGCAGGCGCGUAUUCGCCGCCGCCAGUUGUUUGGCCAGCGAACGAAUGUGGCCUCGGACUCUUUGAGUAACUUCUUCCGCAAUCAAGCCCAAAUGCUAUAUAUCAGCACAUGGCAGGUCCUGCAGCUCUGCGAGACAGGCAUACCGGGUGUCGUGCGAGCUUUCGUGCUGAUUGACCAGAAGAUCCAUGCUCUUAGCGUCAGGGUGCCGCGGCAAUUCUUCCUGAAUUUGAAGCGGGACUCUCUUCCUGACGUUGACGUGCCGGACUGUGAUGUUGAAAAGGUCAACCAUACCCUUCCCAACGGACAUCCUUCUGUUCACUUGUUUAAGCUUUCCUUGCCAGAGGAGAAAUAUCUGGAGGAAGCUGACAAGAUGGACAUCCUUUUCCAACACCCCAGUAUUGAGGGUGUUUAUGAAGGGAACAUCCCCCUCAGCACACGAGCUGUGCUCAAGCUAGGAAGUCACUGCACUUUCGAUGAGACCCAGCGUGGUGUUCUUGGUGACGGGUUGGACAAAGGAUUUGACCUUUCGACCCUGCUCCACACUACUGCUGACCAGCCCUACCUGAUGGACUCUUCAUUGGUCUUCCACUACUUGUACCACAUCGUUUCGGGCGAUAGACAGGUGUUUGCGCUAUUCUCGACAUCCAAGAGCGAGGCGCAUGUCAUUACUCUCAAUCGCACCAGGGAUGUGCAGGGUCUGCCAAAUGUGGACAAAAUCUACACUGAAUUGCUCACCCGAAAGCUGCAAUCCUCAUCAGGAGAUGAGUCUUUGAAUGCAUUUGAGUACCAAGACAAGAUUCAUUUCAAGACCACACAAGUCAUGACACGGAGGAAAGCCCAUCUGGAGGUGGGUGAUAUGAUCAGGAAGCUUCGAAGUGACGAAAGUCGCCCUGCUGUUCUUGUCAUCCAAUCUCAACAAAAAGAUCGCCUGUGCCAUGACAUUCCAAUCCUGAAGGAAUACCCAAUCCUAUCAGUGAAGCCUGAAGCGUCAGAUAUGGAGCUUCCGCCUCUGGGCUGGCAGGGCUUUGUCGCUAGACGUUUGGUCACGCGCUAUCUGUACUUGUCUUCCUGGAUUCAGCACUUGACCUUGCUCGCUCGCUAUGGUGAUGUCCCACUUUGCAACCUCGAAAGCGAAGAUCCUCGAUACCUGAUUGAUAUCUCGUAUGCCAGACGACUUCAGUCAAACAAUGUUGUGCUCUGGUGGUCGCCAGGCCCUCGUCCUGACCAUGCUGGCUACGAGCGGGAUGAUAUUCUGGGCACAUUGGACAAGGUCAACAUGCCAUCAGUCAACGUGCCUGGUGCUUACUCCACGGUUUGCAUUGAGCUAGAAGUUCGCAACCUGUCAAUCAACACAAUUCUGACAUCUUCUAUCAUCAACGAGAUGGAUGGCAGUGACACGUUACUGGCACCUUCCGGAGAUGGAGAAGACACCGGUGUGUUCUACUCAGAGAAGGCGUUUGCCUCUGCUGGUGUCGUGGUACUCCGAGAGAUGGUCAAGCACUGGUGGACAGAAGCCUGCGCAGGUAACAACAUGGCAGAUAUCAUGGUUCAACAUUUGAUCCGAUGGGUAGAAAGCCCCGUAUCAUGUCUUUACGAUCGGUCCCUGCACAACUACGUGCGCCUUCUUUCCCGGAAAUCAUUCCAGAGACUCAUGGCAGAGUUCAGACGCGUUGGGUCGCAUGUAAUUUUUGCCAGCCCGACGCGCUUGCUCCUUCAAACGACCAAGACCGAGGUUGGCAAUGCAUACGCCUACAGUCAGUACGUCCUCAAGUCAAUCCGCGCUAAUCCUUCUUUCCACUUCAUCGACCUGGAGAUCAAGGAGUACUGGGAUUACCUUGUCUGGUACGAUGAAUACAACUACGGAGGCAAGGGCUGUCAAGAAGUCACCGAAGCCGAUGAGCAAAAUCUCGAAACAGCGAUGCACUGGCAACUCAGUCGCUUCCUCCCUACGCCCAUGCAGACAAUCUUCCACGACUGGACAGUCGAGUACAUUGAACUCAUGCACGGACUGAAGCGACCCGAACUCCAAGAUGGUGAGAUAUCCUCAACGCCGCGCCCGACCCAAAUCCCCAUCGGGCGGACCAACGACGGAGACGACGAGGAAGUCACAGCCGUGCUCGCGGAUCGAUUCUCGAAACCGCUGAAGAAGCAAAUCUCAGCAUUAAUCCGAAGACAACGCGAUGAAAUGCUUCACCCUGAACUUGCAUCGGAUUACGCAUUCCCCGUCUUGCCGGGAGUCUUGGUCAAUCCUCAUGAAAAGCGCAAUCCUUCGCUGGAACUGACGAAACUCCUUAUGCAAGUUCUGAGUCUGUCCAAGACCACAACCUUGGAAACCCGGUUACUGCGACGUGAGCUCCUCGCUCUAUUUGAAGUGCGCGAAUUCAGCAAAGAGGGUCGCUUCGAUAACCCCACUGCUAGCUUGAAACUCCCCGAAAUGUCCUGUAACUCCUGCUGUCUCAUUCGCGACCUUGAUCUUUGUCGCGACGAGGACGUACUGCCCGAUGGCACCGAAGCCACUACUUCUGUUCAGCCGUGGCGAUGCCCCUUCUGUCAAGCGGAGUACGACCGAUUGGCAACUGAGGAAUUCCUCAUUGGUCAGGUCCAUGGGUUUGUGGUCGAGUGGCAGACUCAGGAUUUGAAAUGUGCCAAGUGUGGUGGUCUUCAGAUGAGUGAGUUCCUUGAACAUUGUUCUUGCAGUGGCACCUGGGCUCCUACUGUUGAUCGCAAAGAGAUUGAGAAGAAACUCCAAGUUCUGGAUAGUGUGGCCAAGUUCCACCAGCUGCAGUUGCUGGAGAACAUUGUGGGAGGAGUGCUCGAGCGAUUCUGA